UUGCCUACUCCUACUACCACUUAACCCUCCCAAAAACUCCUCUCUGCACACAGAAGAAAACUGAGAAGGAAGAAAGGGCCUUGAGCUGGAGAAAACCAAAUCCUUUCCUUAACCUUCACGCCUCCAUUACACAACCCCACUCCUCCUCCUCUCUCUCUCUGUCUCUCUCUCUCUCUCUCUCUCUCUCUCACUUCUAAUUAUAACCCUUGUUUUUUUUUUUUUCUGCAUUUCCUAUUCUGUUUUCUAUGCAUUAAUGUUCCUCAUCAGUCGCUCAGAAACCCCACGCUCCUGAUACGCUUUGUGUUGAAUCUUCUCUCUAAAAUCUCCAAACCCUUCUUCCCAGUUGCCUAAAAGCACAAAUCUUUCCCUCCCCCACCACCCUCUUUAAAUUCAUUCCCACCUCACCAUGAUUUUCCUCAGGAAAACAGAGUGAAAGAAACACCAACCUUAACAGUUCCAUUAGAAACAGAGCAAGUAAAAAGGAACCCUCAAAGGUUUCUCUCUCUCUCUCUCGCCCUCAUUCGCUUCCCCUGUCUAAAUCUUACACUUUCUUUCAACUUUCUUGGGAUUUUCCGACAUGGGUUCGUCCAAAAAGCCCCAACAAGAAAACCAAGAAUCCAAUUCCAGGAUUCUUCAAGGCCCUAUCAUUGUAGGCGCAGGACCAUCUGGUCUCGCAGCAGCAGCUUGCCUCUCUAACAAUGGCGUCCCUUCUCUGAUUCUCGAGAAAUCCGACUGCAUAGCUUCUCUAUGGCAGCAGAAAACUUACGACCGUCUCAAACUCCACCUCCCCAAGCAAUUCUGCGAGCUUCCUCUCAUGGGGUUCCCUGAAGAUUUCCCAAGGUACCCUACAAAAUCCCAGUUCAUUUCAUACAUGGAGUCCUACGCCUCCCACUUCUCAAUCAAACCAAAGUUCAACCAGGCCGUCCAGACCGCAGAAUUCAAUUCCGUUUCUGGGUUUUGGAGAGUGAAGACUCAGGAUUAUGAGUACAUUUCCAAGUGGCUGAUUGUUGCCACAGGAGAGAAUGCUGAGCCGGUUGUACCGGAGAUUGUUGGGAUGGAUAAGUUUCAAGGCCCUGUUCUUCACACCAGCCUGUACAAGUCUGGCUCUGAUUUCAAAAGCCAAAGGGUUUUGGUUGUUGGGUGUGGAAAUUCUGGCAUGGAAGUCAGCCUUGACCUCUGUAGAUACAAUGCCAUCCCUCAUAUGGUUGUUAGAAACACUGUUCAUGUUUUGCCAAGAGAGAUGUUUGGGUUCUCAACAUUUGGGAUCGCAAUGGCACUUCUUAAAUGGCUGCCUUUGAAGCUUGUGGACAGUGUCGUAUUGCUAGUAGCCAGUUUCAUCCUAGGCAACACAGACCAAUUAGGGCUUAAGAGGCCUAAAACUGGCCCAAUUGAGCUCAAGAAUGUCACUGGUAAAACCCCAGUUCUUGAUGUUGGAGCAUUGUCACAAAUUAAAUCUGACAAAAUAAAGGUGAUGGAAGGGGUGAAGGAGAUAACAAGAAAUGGAGCAAGAUUUAUAAAUGGACAGGAGAAGGAGUUUGAUUCUAUAAUCUUAGCAACUGGGUACAAAAGCAAUGUGCCUACUUGGCUCAAGGGUUGUGACUUUUUCACCAAUGGGAUGCCAAAAACAUCCUUUCCCAACUGCUGGAAAGGAAGUGAUGGUCUCUACACAGUUGGCUUCACAAGAAGAGGGCUUCUUGGAACGGCUUCUGAUGCUGUUGCGAUAGCCAAGGAUAUUACUCAGCUUUGGAAGACAAACAAAGAUUGCAGGAAUAAUUACUGUAAUUCCCAUGUUAUCCUACUGAAAUAAUCUCCACAAAUUUGAAUUGUAUAAAAAAAAAAAGGAAAAAAAAAAUAGGAGAGUUGUUAUAUCGUUCUCUAAGUUAAUGUAUUUACAGGGGAUAAUGAUUUUAAUUUCACCUUAGCAAUGCUUUGCACUUCAAUUUUUUCUCUUUUGGGUUUGUAUAUGUAACAAUUUUGCUGGGGGCUUUGACUUCGUUUCCGUCUCGUGUAUGUUCCUUAGCUUUGUAGUUUGUACAAACAAUUUCAGAAAUAGAAUGUAUUUCUAUCUCC